CGCACACACGACCGGCGUCCGCGCGCACACACGUACACCGCGGCGUUGUCGUUAUCCGCCGGUUUAGGAGGAGGUACCAGAGUCGUACUUACGUAGGUUACCGCAGUCGUGUAGUCGAGCACCACUGUGGUUGUCGUACCGCUCAUACCGCGGUCGCUACCGUAGUCGUCACAAUUCCCGUCACGGUCCCGUUCGGAAGUCCACGCGAUAUCGUUAGUGACCGUGCGAAAUUUUUUCUCGCACAUUUCGCGAAAAUAAUAUUGUUAUUACGUGUAAAUAAAUAACACGGACAGUGCAAUAUCGUAAUAAUAUCGUUAUAAUAAUAAUUUAAUUAUCCCCGUGCGUUUCGUGGUUUGCGCGGUAUCGUUGUGUUAUUUUCGACAGCGUUGUCGAAGAGACGAUCUAUUUAUUAUAGCAGAGAGAUCGACAUCAAACCGAUAACGCAUAAAGAUACAAUAAUUGCGUUACAGUCGAUCUUUCCCUGACCCGUUCCGGUGGAUACCGGAAAACUCCACAGAGCCGUAACAGGGUUAAGCCAAACCGAUUGCAUUAAGAACAACAGAAUAAAUCGAAAAAUGAGUGAAUUUUGAAAUUAAGGAUGCUACCUGAACCACUACCAAAUAAAUAUAGAUAAAAGGGAAACAAAAUAGUUUUUGGUCGUUGCCGUAAAUUUAGUCGGGGUAUCAUCUCUCAAGAGUCUUCAGAAACAGAACUCGACGUUGAGCAAAGUUCCAAUAAUUGAAAACUCGUGAGUGUGACCUCGCCCAAAAAGGCUUUUGACCGCUCCCGAGUCCAUGCUGUCCUCCAUCUCCGCCAUAGUUGCUGUGACUGUCGACGACAGCUGUGGUCCUCGAGAGCAAUUGGACGAUACUAACCGUCGUCAACGCCACCUUGGUUUUCAUUCUUCCUUCACUGCCACAGCAGCCAACACCGCUCACCACUGCCGUCGUCUAACGACGAUCCGACCGGACCAGGUAGCCGGGCACAGAUGAAACCAUCAUCGUCGUCUCAAUCGUCGUCUCCACCGUCGCCAUCGACAGCCGUCGAACGCGACCGGCUCGGGCAACACUUCGUUCAAAAACACAGGGAGUCGUCGCCGUCCUAGUUCGCGUCGACCUCUCGACGGGGGGGUGGAGGGCUCUUCGAUGUACGCGCGAUCCACCACUACCACAGCAGCAGUCGCCACUACCACCGCCACUGACCGCACUGACGACCGGCGUCGAUUAUGAAGAAACACAAACGCGAACACUUGGAUUGCGGCUGACGACGAUAACUGAACUGCGGUCCCGGGGGACACACACACGAUCACUUACCACACACACCACACAAACCAUAAACACACACACAUACCCAUAUACACACAUACACACAUACACAUACCCAAUCCACCCAAAUACACACAAACACAAACCCAUGACACUCGCCCACCAAGGAUACCGCAAACGGCAUCACUACAUGACUGGCAGCUGUACGAAACAUACGUAAUAUUUUUGUGUGAUAACAAUCACUCGUCAUCGCGCCUCUCGCCCCUCGUCCACUCCAUUCGUUUUUUGAACUGCUCACGUCGUCGUGUUUUCGAUACGCGAUUUUGUAGAUAUUAUAUUAUAAUAUACGAUCGAUGUGAUAAAUAUGUUUUCGCUCGAGACCGCGACGCGAAAAUUGUAAAAAUAUAACACAAAGCGAUACCGCGGUCACCGUCGUUGUCUUAAUCGUCCGCGUCAUCGUGCGCGAGUUUUAUUUUCUCCGCCAAUAUGGCCGAAAUGACACACUUGAGCAAACAUAGCUAACAGCCUACUCCUGGGUAACAAAGGUGCACCCAUUAUGCCAGGGGGCCGACGAGGUCUGGUCGCCCCUCAAAACACGUUCUUGGAAAACAUCAUCCGAAGAUCGAGCUCUCAACCAGACAGCAGUUUCCUUUUGGCCAAUGCUCAGAUUGUCGACUUUCCGAUUGUCUACUGCAACGAAUCGUUCUGCAAGAUUUCUGGAUAUAAUCGGGCGGAGGUGAUGCAAAAAUCAUGCCGAUGCUCGUUCAUGUAUGGCGAUCUCACGGACAAGGAGACGAUAUGCAGAAUAGACGAAGUGUUGGAAAGCCAUUACAACGACCAGUUCGAAAUCUUGCUCUACAAAAAGAACAAGACACCGUUAUGGCUGCUGAUGCAAAUAGCUCCGAUCAAGAACGAGAGGGAUCUCGUCGUGUUGUUCCUGCUCACGUUCAGGGACAUCACGGCACUGAAACAGCCCAUCGAAUCGGAGGACUCCAAAGGCGGAGAUCUGUUAGCAGGCCUGAGCAAGUUUGCCAAGCUGGCCCGGUCCGUGACCAGGAGCAAGACACUGGUGUCGCAGUUCUCGUCGCACCCCGUUUCCAUCAAGGACUCCACCAGACAUGUCCAGUCCCAUUUAGCGCACAUGAUGAGCCUGAACGCGGACGUAAUGCCCCAGUACAGGCAAGAGGCGCCGAAGACACCGCCGCACAUCCUGCUGCACUACUGCGCGUUCAAGGCGAUCUGGGACUGGGUCAUACUGUGCCUGACGUUCUACACGGCCAUCAUGGUACCGUACAACGUGGCGUUCAAGAACAAGACCAGCGAGGACGUGUCCCUGUUGGUGGUCGACUCCAUUGUGGACGUGAUAUUCUUCAUCGACAUCGUGCUCAACUUCCACACCACGUUCGUCGGGCCCGGCGGCGAGGUCGUGUCCGACCCAAAAGUCAUUCGGAUGAACUACCUCCGGUCGUGGUUCGUUAUCGACCUGCUGUCCUGUCUGCCGUACGACGUGUUCAAUGCAUUCGACCACGACGAAGAGGGUAUUGGAAGCCUAUUCAGUGCUUUGAAGGUUGUCCGGUUAUUACGAUUGGGCAGGGUCGUUCGAAAACUGGACAGGUACUUGGAAUACGGAGCUGCGAUGUUGAUACUGCUGCUGUGCUUUUAUAUGCUGGUGGCGCAUUGGCUGGCCUGUAUUUGGUAUUCUAUAGGACGGUCCGAUGCCGAGAAUGGAUAUCAAUACUCGUGGCUGUGGAAGCUGGCAAACAUCACGCAGUAUCCGUACUCGUACGUAAUGUCGGAACACGCCAACGCCACGGAGCUAGUGCACGGCCCUCCUCGAAAGACCAUGUACGUGACCGCGUUGUAUUUCACCAUGUCGUGUAUGACCAGCGUCGGUUUCGGAAACGUUGCCUCAGAGACCGACAACGAGAAGAUCUUCACCAUAUGCAUGAUGGUCAUUGCGUCGCUGUUGUACGCUACGAUUUUCGGUCACGUCACCACUAUCAUACAGCAAAUGACUUCGGCCACGGCUAAGUACCACGACAUGCUAAACAAUGUCAGAGAGUUCAUGAAGCUGCACGAAGUGCCGAAAGCGCUGUCCGAGAGGGUCAUGGACUAUGUGGUGUCCACGUGGGCAAUGACCCGGGGCUUGGACACGGAUAAAGUGUUAAAUUAUUGUCCGAAAGACAUGAAGGCGGACAUAUGUGUUCAUCUAAACCGAAAAGUGUUCAAUGAGCACCCGGCGUUCCGGUUGGCCAGCGACGGGUGCUUACGCGCUCUGGCUAUGCACUUCACAAUGAGCCACUCGGCCCCCGGUGACCUGCUCUUCCACACGGGCGAGUCCAUCGACUCACUGUGCUUCAUUGUAACUGGUUCGCUAGAAGUCAUACAAGACGACGAAGUAGUCGCAAUUUUAGGUAAGGGUGAUGUGUUUGGUGAUUCGUUUUGGAAGGAUACUGCACUAGGACAAUCCGCAGCGAACGUCCGUGCUCUUACCUAUUGCGACUUACACACCAUCAAGCGUGACCGGUUAUUAGAAGUGUUGGAUUUCUAUCAGGCGUUUGCGAAUUCAUUUUCGCGGAACCUCAUUUUGACUUACAACCUACGGCAUAGGUUAAUAUUUCGGAAAGUUGCGGAUGUUCGCCGAGAAAAGGAACUGGCUGAAAAGCGAAAAAACGAACCACAACUGGACGAACAGCGUGAUCAACUGGUCAGAAAAAUAUUCACCAAGUUUCGGAAGGAUCGAGCUCCUAGUCAGGUCCUCGGGAUGCAACAGGGUGCAGCAACGGUGCCGGGAGCAUCUACGGUAACGGCAGGUUCCGAUGACAGCAAGUCUGAAGUCCCUACCGGUGACGCUUCGGACGGCGUCGGCGGUGGUCGUCCAAAAGUCUUACCUCUUGUGCUCAGGCAACAGAGUGAAGACCCGCAACAAGCAUCUACUUCGUCAACGGGUUUAAGAACAACAGCGUCAGUGACGGCGCCCAAAAAGGUAUCUAAAUGGGGUAAAGUCUUGGGUGGCGGUGGAAGUUCAGACUCAGCAGACGCAUCGGUAGUGAGUGCCCAGAGUGCUCCUGCCAAGGUCCGUGACUCACCCGGCCGGUCGGUCGGAAAUGGUCACAAGGUAUUCCCGAAGCUGCAAAAAGUGCCAACCACCGCUGCCGAGCCGUUUGUUGCCGUUGGGAGCCAGCGACAGGAAACGAUAGAUGAGACUGAUGAAAGGGUCGGUGGUAGUGUUAACUUAGGUGGUAGUGGUGUACAAGAACCGGAAGAAGAAUCCACGACUCCGGCACCACCUCACCAGUUCCAGUUACAACAGAACCAGGUCUCAGCAUCGGAAGCACCGUCACCACCACCGCCACCGUGCUCUGGAAUGGUUCUGCCGCCACCGCCGGAUCUGGACGUUUUGGCUAAAAUCGAGGACCUUCGGUCUGAUCUCCGAGAUGAGGUGCGGACUAUAAAUCAGCGACUAACGGCAAUCGAAGACAUGAUGGUGCGGAUCGUCGGAAAGUUAGAUGCAUUAACCAUUGCCUCACCUGCCCCAUCACCUUCUCCAAUCUCGUCACUGCGGCCACCAGACACACCGGAAGCAGGACGAAAGCCCGGGUGCAGAACUAAAAGCACAGACGACCUAAGUUCGCCAGCUACACCCAAACUUCCACCGAUGGUUCGGCGGCGACGCAGCAAGUCCAGGACGCGGUCUUCGUCGUCUGCACUGCCACCCAUGCGUCCGUUCAGCCCCAGAGAUACGUCGCCGCCGCCGUUUCCCCGGACUGAUUCGCUCAAAAAGCCGUGCCCGCCUCGGCCCAACGACUUCCUGUAAGCACGCUGCACAAGCAGAAUAAUACCGAUCACUGCAAAAAAAAAUAAAAAUAUAUUAUCUUCAUCACAAUAAUACUAUUAUACUAUUAUGUGAUAACGAUAUUAUUAUGAUUAUUAUUAUUAUUAUUACAAAAAAUCAAUUGCGUAUGUACAAUGAUGAUAAAAUUAUAAAUAUGUAUGUAUAGAUAUAUACACAUAUAUAUAUAUAUAUACAUAUUAUAUAUAUAUAACAUUAUAGUGUAUUAAAAUCGUGUACGACGUAAGAUGUUUUUUUUUUUUUUUGUAAUUGUUAUGCGUGUGUAUUUUGGUAUAUUUUUACGUUUUGUUUUUUGUCUUGUAAUAUUUUACGUACCCAAAUAACUGAUUAAUAAAUAAUAAUACAAUUAGGAAUAUGAACAUUCGCGGGGGAGAGAGCUGGAUUACGAAAGUAUUGAUAGGGAGCGCGGUGUUUUAUGUAUUACCUGAUUUUUAAUCCUCUAAAAGACAAACAAAUGUCGUACGAUUGAACAUUAUCUUAUGUUCUAUGUCACAUCUUUGUUACACGUCUGUCGAAUUUUUUCUCUGAUAGACGGCGUCUGUUACAAUUAUAAUAUUAUUAUUAUUAUUAUUAUUAUCGCCCAACGUACCGCUUUCUUUUUGAAUAUCUCGGAUUUUUUUUUUCUCAUUUAAGAAUAUACUCCCGUGACCGUUGUCUCUCCUCCCUGAAGUUCCCUAUGCGGUCAUUGUAACUCUAGUUCAAUAAAAAAAAUCAAAAAAAUCGAACAAACUAAAAUUAAACUACAAACCAUUAACAAUAUCAUUAAGUUACUAAACGAUUUACGUUGUUUUUAUAAAUUACCAUCAAAAUUUUCCAAAAAUGGAUUAAAAAAAAAAAAAUAAAAUAAUGUUUUAUUCAUUGAUGAAAAUACCUAAAAUAUCUCUAAUACUUUGGAUAAUUCUUUUCAUCAAUUUGAUUUAAUCCAUUUUAUAGUAACACAUAUUAUUUCGAACAAUAUUAAGAAUAAUGCGAUCACUUACGAUAAUAAUUCGAUUUAUUGUUGUAAAUCAUAACUUAUUUCGGACUAGAGUAAUUGGGGGGUUUCGUUUUUAAAUGUGGUGCAUUACAAUUAUUUUGUUUAACCUAAUUAUUAUUAUUAUAGUUAUAAUGAAAUGUUAUAACCUUUUACCAAACGUUUACUACCAUCUAAUUUAAUUUAAUGACUUUUAUCUUAAUUUAGUGCCUUCUUCAGUAUAAGAUCAGAUAUUAUAUAAAUAUUUUAUAAGUAAUUUGAUAAACUUCUGAACUUAAGGUAUCGUGUAAUGUCGGUAAUAUAAUAUAGCGAAAUGAAUUACGUUUUUGAUUGUAUACUUUAAAUUUUUAAAUUCAAUAGUGAACAUCAUAAUGAGUUUCUAUAUCCAAUAAUAAUUAAACAGAGUGUGUUAUUUAUAAAUUAACCGUUAAAGAUAAAAAUCAACUAUUAAUAUUUGCAAUUUUAUAGUCAAAUACACCAAAACGUUCUAUAAUGCACAAUGUUUAAAAAUCGGAAACAAAAAUAUCGACAAUAUAAUAGUAUUUAAUUUAAACAAAAAUGAUAAAACCAAUUGCUCGCAAUGUCUUUUCUAUGAAAACACUAAUCAGCGUAAACAAUUUCAAAUGCAUUUUUAAUAAUCAUAUUCGCAUGGGCUUGUACUGGGAUCUUAAAUGAAAUGUUAUGAUUUUUAUUUUUUUCGCGCUCAGACUAUCUAACGGGAUGUCUUUUUUGCGGUGUACAAACUUAAACAAAACAAACGACUAUUUGCGAUUGGUAUUCCACACCGAAAAUAGAUCGUUUGUAAAUCGAAAACAAAUAAAAACGACGGUAAUAUUGUGUUCUUAACUACAGACAAUAACUGUGCACUUAGAUUGGCGAUGAACCGCGUACACAUACAACGGUAAUUGACUAAUUGAUUAUUACUUUGUGGGCUGUGCAAAUUUAGGUCUGUUAUACGCACCGAAUUUUUAGAUGUAAAAUAACAUUAACUCACAAAAUCACACUGUCGUGUAGGGAUAAUUUGAAAAAGUGCCUUCCGCAUGUAUCCCGUCGCGGGUAAAAAAUGAAAAAAAAAAUCGAAACAUACAAUUACCUAAUAUAUUCUAAUGUAUAUCUAGUAGGCGGUGUAUAAUAAUAAUGAUAAAUUUAUUUUAGAAGUACAAAUAAAUGUUUUCUUUAAGACUUUUGUGACUUGUAUACCUUACAAUUUUGUAGGGUUUUAAUAAUAUUUUAAUUGUUUAUAUUUUGAACCUAAUUUUCUAUCGAUUUUUGGCACAAUAAAUUCUUUCGUCUGUAAAAUGUGACUUUUUAUUAUAAAUAUACAACAAUAAUUAUUGUAAACAAUUUUCUUAUAGGUAAAUUCAACGCACGUGUAACAUUUUAAUAAUGCACUUUUAUUUUAGUAAAAAAUCAAAAAAAAAAAUCAAAAAAAAAAAAUUAAUUAAAUCCAUAAAUUUACAAAUGUUUUUAAAAUUUUAUUUGAAUAUUGCCUUUUGUUGUUAUUGUUAUUGUUGUUUUUUCUUCUUUAUUAAUUUUUCUUUAAUUUUUUAUAUAAGCAAUAAGUUAAGUUUGAUAAUUUCAACACGUUAUUAUUAACAUUUUGUUCUUCUCGAUUCAUAUUGUUUAUUUUUUCGCGAAUAGAUUAUUGUUAAAUUUGAUUUAUUUACGAUUAUCACUUGUACGAGUAAUACUAUGCAUUUCACAUACAUGUAUAUAAUAUAGUGUCGUCAGAUUUAUAGUUUUUUUUUAUUAUUAUUAUUUAUUUAUUGAUUAUUUAGUCAUCUUCCAAAAAAAAAUUACAAUACAUAAUAAUAUAAUAGCUCAAAAUUGAAUGUUUAUUGUCCUUUGUUUGAUUUAAUUAUUAAUAUGGUCACUAUAUUAUAUUUUAUACACAUAGUAAUUUAUUUUCAUUUUUUUUUUUUACAUUCCUGCACUAUAUCGUGCUCAAGAUUAGAUGAUUAAUUUCUAUUCCAAAUCGAAUAUCGCUGCCUUUUAUUGGAGUGUUUUGUUAUAUUAUUAUUGUGAUAUUAAUAACGAUGAUUAUAAUGUUGUAGACUGUUUUUUUUUCUUCUUGAUUAUGUUUAUAAAGAUAUUUUGUGACUUCCACAAUACAAUGUAUGAUAUUAUAUAGUAAUAUUAUGUUUAAAUAGUACGUAAGCCAUUGAUUUUUUUUCCUGUUUUAUGUCGUUUUUUUUCGUUUCAUCUUUAAUUAUAGCGUAGUAGCAAGUGA